AUGCCACUAGAAGACACAGAGAAAGUUUUUGGAAUCUCCCAAGCCGACGGUUACCAGAUUUGGCAGAUUCCUUUGGUAAAAGUGACUCUUCCAGAUGAUUUUGCACUUUGGCUUGAUGGAUUCGACAAGCUGACUAAGCUGUCUACGUCUACCGAAGCAAAAGCACGAUGCCGCAUAGAUGCUUUGAUAGUAGCAGUGUAUCGAAGUCUUUUACAACACGACUUGCUUUCGGCCUUCCCGGGCGCUCCUCGAGUGACCCUGGCUUUUGAAAGCCAUUUGGAAUGGGGUCCGGUACUUUACAAGGAAAUCCCUCACCUUUGUAUUGGAAAAUCAGACUACAGUAUGUUUUUCGGUGAGAAGGACCAUAUGGCUUGUCAUUUGGUCAUUUUCGAGGCAAAGACAGGAAGCAGUGUCGGGUCAACCUCGAGAGGCCAAGUCCUGGCCUAUAUGGCUAUGGUCCAGGCAAGCCGCAAGUCCCGUGGGCAGUCCGACUGGACUGUGUGGGGGGCGUUGAUCUGCGGGGACGCAUGGUUCUUCAUUCAGCUCAAUAUGGAUGGGAAAUGGUCGGAGAUAUAUCUCCAAUCAAAGCGUGAAGGCUGGUCAGAGAUUGCAAGUAUGCUUGGUUCAGUGAUUUUACACGCACAGAAUGCAUGCAAAUCUCCAUUACGCAGCAGUCUUUCUUCCACCCAGGGCUUCUCAAAUCAAAAGAGGAAGUCAAUUACGCCGAGAAUUGCUUCGAUGCAACUGGCAAAUGGUAGUGAAUUCGUCGAAGAAAUGAAGGAUUUCUUGGACAAGGAUCAAGGCCCAGAUCCCGCGUGA